GGGAAUAGAUAAUUUUUUAAGUUUGUUCUUCCCUACGGACAAAACGAAAUCCAUCGAUAGGUGUGCAUAUUUAAGCGCACAGAAAUUCAAUUAUAUUCUGUUUAGCCAGCCAUUCUCACAAAUAAAUGUCUUUCUUUCAUUUUACAUAACAUAAUAAUUAGCUCGGAGUCCUAAACUUCUCACAUGCUCUACCUACAAUAAUUCAUAAUUUUAUACACGCAUUCGGAAUCAUGAACGAGCAUAAUUGGUCGAUAAAUUAAAUGACAAAGAUAAUAAAUAUUUAUGGAAGAUGCGAAAUAUAUCGCUAUUAUUGGCAUUUGUUCUAUCACCUCGGAGACUUGGCAAUGCAAUUGCCCACAUUUGUAAGAGCCAAUAAGCUUGGACCAUCGUUGCGCAUACGACCAAUGGCUUCACUACGUAAUUUCGCUGAUCGAAACACUGAAGCCGAACGAAGCGUCAGCCCAACGCCCCAAACCUGCCGCUCAACGUAAUACUUAGUACGUAGUAAAUGUAAUACAAGUGCGAAUGAGAAAUAAAGCGUGGCUCUUAAAAGAUAUACAUUGCUCGAGAUAAUAGUCUGAAGUAAAGCCGGAAAGUUGUAGGUUUGCAUUAGCGAAAAUGGCCUACAAUUUUCCGGGAAUGCCAGCAGCCGCGAUGCCUGCCAUGGGUAUGGGGCCAAUAGGACCUCUCACUCCAAUUCCGGGAGCACAGAGCUUUAUGGAUUUAGCGAGCCAAGGAUUUCCUCCUCUACCGCCGCCUAUACCUAUGCCUGGAAUGAACGACACUCCGCUCGAAUUCAGUACUCAUAAGAAUCAGUCAUCCGCUAUUCGAGACACCUCGGAGGACAACGAUAGGAGAAACGAGAAAAAUGACUGUAGACGAGAUCGCGAAAGCAGGGAUUCUAGAGAUGCUGGAAGGAGUUUUAUUUACAAAUCAAGAGGAGAUCGGGAUAGAAGAGAGCGGGAAAGAGAUCGAAGAGACGAAAGGAACGAUCGGGAUCGUAGAGACGAUAGAAGAUCUAACGAUCGUGAGAAUGUAAUUUCUACGUCAAAUAAUAGUCAUAACAGUAAUAAUAAUCAAGUCGCUUCGACAUCCAAUUCAUCAACAAAUAAUAAUCCAGGGCUUGGCCCGCCGAUAGAUCCAUCGUCGGGAGUUUGGAGCGUGGGCAUUGGUUAUCCGGUAAUGGGGAUGGGACCAAUGGGUACUGUAGGACCUCUAAUGAGCGAAAUGCCCCUCGGUCCUCACAUAGGUCACGCUCAUGGUUACGGACCCAUGGGAAUGGGUAUGAUCUCGCAUGAAAGCGCUAUGAUGGGUGCACCGAUGUUGGGUCCAGAACAAAUUAUGAGUGAAGCUGCUAGUCAAAUAAUUGGUGGAACGUUACCUCCCUCGGCAACGCAGAGCGCUAAAGAAAUUAUUCAUUGUAAAAGUUGCACCUUAUUUCCACCAAAUCCUAAUGCUCCACCUCCGACAACGAGAGAAAGGCCUCCAGGAUGCAGAACUAUAUUCGUUGGGGGAUUGCCAGAAAAUAUUACAGAAGCGAUUAUUCAAGAGAUAUUUGAGGGCUGUGGUGAAAUAACAACAUUAAGACUUUCAAAAAAGAAUUUCUGUCACAUUCGUUUUGUUCUGGAAGGUAGCGUCGACGCGGCUAUUUAUCUAUCUGGUUACAGAGUACGCAUUGGCUCGAACGGCGAUUCAUCCAACACUGGCAGAUUGCAUGUGGAUUUUGCUCAGGCAAGAGACGAUCAGUAUGAGUGGGAAUGCAGACAGCGACAGCUUCAAAGGGAGCAGAGACAUAGGGAACGAGUUGAAAAAGAGAGACAAAGGCCACCAUCUAGUCCACCACCGGUGGUACAUUAUACCGAUCACGAAGCAUCAAAUAUAUGCGAAAAGAUAAAACAAGAUGACACAUUCAUGAAAGCUGUACAAAUCGUCGUGACGUGGUUAGAACGCGGGGAUUGUACAAAGCGAAAUGCCAAUACGUUUUAUUCGAUGAUACAGUCGACAAAUUCCCACGUGCGCCGAUUAUUGACCGAGAAAGCAGCGUACGAAGAUGAGCUUCAAAAAGCUAAAGAACUACUGAAAGGCAGAAUGCAGGGAUUGCUCAUUCAGUUCAGUCAGAUCGAACGGGUAUUUACUGCUGCCAGCCACAAGAAGGUUUGGGAUCACUUCACCAAGGCUCAGCGAAAGAAUAUUGAAAUGUGGAAGAAACAGUCUUCGGAGAUUAAGGCUGUGCAAUUAGAGGAGACUCUUAUGGAAGGAGAAGGAGAGAUGGAGGUAUCCGAUUCAGAAGACGAGCCUCAACGCAAAAAAACUCGAAACCAAUCAGCGGGCAAUGAAGAUACCGAAAGAUUGCAAAGUCUCAAGGAAGAGAACGAUAGUCUACGUUGCCAAUUAGAAGCUUAUAAAAAUGAGGUGGAUUUAUUAAAAUCUGAGACAAAAGUAGAGGCUGAAGCUAAAGAAAAGCAAAUGAAAAUGUUACAACAAACGCUUAAAGGAAUGCAGGAGCAAUUGAUGCAAUCUAAGAAACAGCAAGCUCAGGAUGAUCAAAAAAUUAAAGAUUUAAUAGUCAAAUUAAAUACUAAUAGAAAAGAAGAAUUUCAAGAGAGCGAAGUUAUUAUGUUAGAUAAAGAUGAUGACAUUAACGAUGAACAGCGCACUCCCAAAUGUAUCGUCACAUCGUCCGGCACUAUACAAAUUACGCAAAAGGAUGCCAAACUUAUAGGUUUAAUAGCAACAUUUUUACAUAUACAUCCAUUUGGUGCAAGUCUUGAUUAUGUUUACUACUAUCUUCAAAAAAUCGAGCCAAAUCUUAGAAUCAAUGAAGUUGAAAUUUUAAUGCAACGAUUUCCACAAGUAUUUAAACAGGAAUUAUCAGGCAUCGGUGCUAAUAUGGAAAGGCGUUGGCAAUUUUCUGGUUUCAAUCUAUAUCGAAGUCAUUAAAGAAAUUUUAAAUUACCUGUUAUUUGAUAUACAAAGCUAUGUGAUCAAAUUAGCUUUGUAAUUAUUAAAAUUAAUUAUCUUAAAACUGUGUCUUACAUGUUGUUA